AUGAAACAUGCUGCGGCAGCGGCGGUGGCUUUUAUUGUCCGUCUAGGAUGCAUUUCGGUUGCUUCUUGCGAGUCCAAUCAAGAUCCAACAACAGCAGCGGAGAUACCGCCUCCCUGCGCGGUAGCCGUAUCCAUCUCAGGCGAUGUGAGGUCCUUCGUAGACCCUGUCCUCCACCGGUCCUUUCGGCGGCACGUAGUGGAGGCGAUCAAAGCAGAAGGUUGCACCGUUGACGUAUUCGUGUACGCGUCGCUGGGGGAUGAGGACUUGCUCGUGGAACAGGAUGCUGAAACGAUCAGAAACAUCGAGGCUACGAUGGAAUUCCUGUCACCGACCCAACUAGUGUGGCACCAGGAGCAAGCAGGGAUCAUCCCCAACUCCUGCCGCCCCACGGCUACAACCCCAACGACCGGGGGCGGAGACGAGGCACAACCCUCGUCGUUCGCUGAGAGUAGCGUCCCAAACGCGAGGCCCACAGGUGGAAACGUCGGCGGCGAUAACAGAUCGAACCAGCCGCGCGGGCACGCUAGCAAGGAGCCGUCCAAGCCGCCGUCCAGGGAACAGUUCAGCACUCGGAGCGAACGCUUCUACUGGCAGCUGUACGAGUCGCUGGCUGCGUACCGCUUGGCGGUCCAGAGAGAGGACGAAAAAGAGAAAGAGGCAGCGACGAUCCCGACAUCCUCACCGGCGUCGUCAAAGUACGACUGGAUAGUUACCACUCGCUUCGAUGUGGCCUGGAAAAAGAGUUUGCCUUCCUUUAGGGCCUUCUCUCGGGACGUGGUGUGGUUCGCAGCGAAGUCCUGGCCGAUGUCCACCAACUUCGCGCUCGUACCUCGGGCCUUCUCCGACCGGUUCUUCUCCGCCGUCGAGGCGUUUCACGCAUGUGACGACGGCAACGGCCCCUCAUGGCCGCCGGGGGAGGCCUGGUGGCAACCCGAUUGCGGCGAACACGGACAAGAAAACGGAAACAGCAGCGGCAAUGUCCACAGCGGUGGGAACCUUCACCACAGCCCCAGGAGUGGGCCUGCAGGCGGGGGCGGGGGUUUCGAGCUCAGGGGUUCGGAUGAUGGCAGUAUUUUCCACGACAACAGAGGAGGGGGUCGCGGGGAAGGUUUUGGGGAGAGCAUCGUGUACCGACACCUUCACGCCUCCGGCGUGCCGUACCGACCAUACCCGAUGUUCGAGUACUACACGGUGCCACCAUACGUCCGUGAUGGUGAUGCCGAUGGUGAUGCGGCGGGAGACACACGGAGUGGGUGCGAGACAAGCACACCGGACUACUUCACUGGAUGCGUUCUGUUGGGCACGGUGGGGUUGUUUUCUCAGGCGUAUACCAGCGAAGAGUGCGCCACCGCACUGUCGGAAUGGUCCAGCUUGCAUUGCCGGACCUCCACGCACCUCGAGGCUACCGGCCCGGGCCACCAGACCGAAAGGGGUUCAGAAAAUCUCGACCCAGAUCUGACAACAUGGCCAAGAUCCUCCGUUGGAGUUUACCCAGACGAGACUGAGACGGACAACGGUGACGUGCUUGGAGCAGCGGAGGCGGAUCGGGUGCAGGAGGAAGACCUGCGGCGCGCCUGGUUCAACCUGGCCGCCCUUCGAGACGCGGUUAUCGUUGCCGCUGAUGACGGUAGCGAGGAGGUGAUGCACGGCUCCUCCAACGCCGGAGAAGAGGACACUCCGAGCGGAGAAACGUCUCGGCGAAAUCUCGGGAAGGAAGACGGCGGUGACCACGACGCGGCGCCUAAACCGUCCGGUUCAAGUCCCACGAGACAAACCAAUCGUUCCUGGUCGGUACACUCCCAGGGGGGCUGUCGACUAAACGAGUACCCUGGGCGAGCCCCACAUAUCAUCCGGCACUCUUCCACCGACUCCCACCGCAUGAGAGAGCUAGCGCUUGCAACAAAAUGCCUGGCGCACCGGUUCAUUGAAGGGGCGACUGCGUGGUCAAGUGUCAACGAGGAUUUCGGCUUCGACGCCACAGUAUGCGCAUCCAGCAGAUCACUGGAGCUGGUAAUGAUUGACGUUUCGCUUCACUCGGCAGAGGUGCAGGCGAUGGAAGUGACACACCCAAAAGAGGGAGCCGUGUACUGGGAGGGUCCGGUCAACGUGGACCUUGAGGUCACCUUGAGCGGGACCGGCGUGGAAGGUCUGGACAUUAGCAACGUGCACGUUUGCGCCGACACCGACAUAUCGUGGCCGCUGCUGGACAGGAGUCGGUCCUGCGUCUCCUUGCAGCAACUCGCCUCUUCCGAUCAAGACAAGCCAUAUCUAGUUUUCGGCACCGCGAUUGGAGUUGUGGAGGGGACCGUCAGCAUUCGGGACGCUCGACCCACUUGUACACCUCCCGGUGACCUACGGGGCCCCGUCUUGGCGAUGGAGAAAAAUCCUCAAGAGUUCGCUUCAACGUCCAUGCGGUUUAAGGUAAUUCACCAUGAGAGCAUGUUUCGCCGUCGGGGCAAGCCGCUCGGACCCGCUCCGUUCGGUAGAGGCUUCGCCACGACCCAGGAAUACAUCCAAGAGCUAGAGAGAGAGGCAGACGAAGAGCUUGGCGCCGCUUUGGACGCGACGGAACACUUCAUAAACACCACGCAUGCCCCCGUGGUGCAGACGGGCAAACAACUGUGUUCCUCGAGGCUAGUUCUCAAAGACCGAGUCACGUCGCUGUUUGCUUCCGCCUUUCAGCUAGAGUUUCACAUUGAUCAGAUCUCGUGGAUGCUUUCUACAGGGAGGCUGCCGCCGGAGAUGGCCUACGCAAUUGAUCGACUCAAAGAGGUGAAAGCCUUGUAUCCGAGCAAUUCGGCCGGUGAAGACGUUCCGGGAGUAGUUCUUUGUCUCGGACCCAGCUGGAGACCAAUUGGGUCAUUUUUCCAGAAGGCUCUGGUGCUGCCGGUGCCAUCGGCGGACAACGUGGCCUCGCUCUCCCCGCUACAAACAUGGGAGUACGAUGAGAUACCUUGGAUGGAGGCCCUGAAUCCUAACGUCGACUGGAACGCGGUGGAGGAGGCGUAUCUUGGCAACGGUCCGGUGGAAAUCGUGCAUAUCGACGGGUUCUUCUCACAGAAAGCGCUAGCCGCCUUGCUCGACAUAGCCCACGGAUCGAGCAUCUUCGUCGACGUCAGGGAAAAUUACCUGGGGGCCUACCUCGGCGAAGGCAUGAGUCAUCCUCUCCUCUACCAGAUCGCCGAAGAAGUGGCGGUUCGCCUUCCGAGGAUCCUGGGACGCGACACUCCCGGCUGGCCGCUGGCGCAGACGUGGUUCUACAUCUACGGAGGGAACGAUGGAGAAAGAUGCACGCGUGGCAUAAGGGUGCAUGCCGACACCGCAGAAAUCAACUUAAACAUUUGGCUGACGGACGACUCCGCCAACCUGGGCAGCGUCGAGACGGACGAUGGCGGAGGUCUGACGGUGUUCCACGCCAAGCCUCCAGGCGACUGGGGCUUCCAAGAGUUUAACCAAGAACCCGACGCCAUCCAAGCCUUCCUUGAAGAAAACGACGCCGGGAACACUUCAGUCCCAUAUCGGCAGAACCGCGCCCUUAUGUUCGACUCCAUGCUGUUUCAUCAGAGCGACCCCUUCCGCUUCAAGAAAGGUAUUUUUCGGCUUGCGGCAAGGCUGCUCACGUAUUUUGGCAGCAUGCACAUCCGAGAGAAGGAACACACUAUCGUCGCACAAGAGUAA